AGUUCAAAGGAUGAAGAACGUUGAAUUUCAAGAACUAAAGACAAAAGAGGAAGGAAGAAAAAGGGACAGAAAACAUAGAGAAAGAGAUAAAAGUUGUGAGGAUUGUGCGGAAUUUGAUUAUUUUUUCUGGAACUUGGAAAUUUUCUAGGAAAUGAUAUGAAAGUAAGAAACAAAAAGCUUGCCUUUAGUUUGGAUUGGUUUUCCAAGAAAGUGGGUUUCUGAAUAUCUGGCAUAUGGAGAAUUCUUUUUGAUUCAAGAUUCUUGAUCAAGAGAAUCUUGGCAAGAAUUCAAAUCUUUAAUUCAUGGAGGAUUCAGAAGAUGCAAGAUUAUAGUAACUGAGUUUCAAGUUUUUAUGCAACUUUCAAAUGCAAGAAAGCUCAAAAUCUUUAGAGAGGGACCAAGAAACAAAAAUGAGCAGAGGAAAAGAUCCUGUGAAACUUGACGAUGAGCAACUGGCAGAGCUACGUGAAAUAUUCAGGUCAUUUGAUCGAAACAAGGAUGGUAGCUUAACACAGCUAGAACUCGGAUCACUGCUCCGAUCACUUGGCCUAAAACCAAGUGAAGAUCAAUUAGAGGCCUUGAUACAAAAGGCAGACAAGAACAGCAAUGGUUUGAUCGAGUUCUCCGAAUUUGUAGCCCUUGUUGAGCCUGAUCUUGUUCAGGCUAAGUCUCCCUACACAGAGGAUCAGUUAAAGAAGAUAUUCACCAUGUUUGAUCGGGAUGGAAAUGGAUAUAUAACUCCGGCAGAGUUAGCGCAUUCGAUGGCUAAGUUGGGGCAUGCCUUGACGGCAGAGGAGUUGACAGGGAUGAUCAAGGAGGCAGAUACCGAUGGUGAUGGUUGCAUCAGCUUUCAGGAGUUUACUCAGGCUAUUACCUCUGCUGCUUUUGACAAUUCUUGGUGCUGAAGUUGCCUUGCGGCUGGCGCAGUUUUGAUGCGGAAAAGGAAGAUUGAGAAGGCAAUGGAUUGGAUUGGUGUUUUUAUAUAACCAUUUUGUAAUGAUUCAUGCACAAGUUUAAUCAUUAUGUAAAGUUACGUCUGCUCUAGUUGGGCUGUUUAGCUGUUUGUGAUUAUUCUUGGAUGUUAUUUCGACAAGCCCCGAAAUGUCAUGGAUGUUAAAUUUUGUAUCAGCUUCAAAGGGUCUGUUGCUGGCUGGUCAUCUUACCUUGCUUUAGAAAUUUUGUGAUUCAGUUAUGUAAUCUCUCUGUUGUGUUCUAAUCUCCUCUCUUUGCAUUAAUCAAAUGGAUUGCUAGUUAAAUAAGUGCAAUCGUCACAUAUUUUACCACUGAA